AUGUGUAGACUCUCAAUUCCUAACCGAAAGGUCUGCACUUGGAAAACAGGGAGCUCCCAGCUGCCUUACGUUGCUGGGAGCAGCUCAGUUGCUUCAGAUCCCACAGUUACUGCUAAGGAGAACCACAUCCAUGAGAAGCUGGUAUCUCUUAGUUUGCUUCAGAAAGACUUUGUGCCUUUUCUGCUGAAUUUUUUAAGGGAGCAGACCAGCCAGAUCCUCACUAAUGGACCCUCUACUCCUGCUAAAACCCCUAAUUCCAAGGCCCAUGGAAACCAAAGGAUAGGAUCAGAAAGGAGGGCAGGUCAUGCAACAGGAUCAAACAGCAGCCGGGUGCAGCUCUUUUCCGAAAGGACUUCGGUGACCUCCUGCGCCUCAGAUACCAGCUUUUCUCCUGCUGCUGCAUCCAGUGGCUCCUCUUCCUUUUCUGGGUCAAACCUGUCUAGCCCUUGCAGUGACUUCCCUAGCAUGGUCUCCACUAGCAGCCCAAGCUUUGGAUACAGCCCUGCACUUAACCACAGUGAGAAGCGCUCAUCGCAGAAGGCCAGUUUGGGGAGCUUCCUUACACCCAUGCCUGAAGCCCCACCAAUGAGGCGAGGCAGAAGGAAAGGCAACAGCUCAGUCAGUGCCUCUGGCCGGCAGGUAGUUCGGGACCUAGGGCGUUCCCUGGCUGAAGACGAAGAUGGAAAAAGUGAGAGUACAUCAUGGAGCGCAGGGAGAAGGAAGCGGAGUGAAGCGCCUCUUGUUUCUGCCAGAUCCCCACCCAGCCAGCUAAAUCUCAACAAUUUGGAGGAGUUUCCACCCAUGGAUGCUGCCUCUGGCUGGACAAACAAAAGCAAACCAUCAAGGCGGAUCAACCCAACUCCUGUAAGUGCUGAGCGCCCCCUCUCAAAACCAAAGAUGUGCUUCACUUCUACACCUGUCAGCCAGUCUCCAGCUGCUCGAUUUCCAUCUGGGACAAGCCUUGAAGCCUUCACUGCUGUCCAGGAAGGAAAUCUUACUUCUGUGGUAGGGAGCAGCCUUCAAGAGGAGAGGGAGAUGCUGAAGAAAGAACGAUGCAAGCUGCUGCACCAGGCGUCUUCUCCUGCUGGGCUCUCUCUUGAUCCUGGUACUCCUACUAAACCUAGCUACGCUCGCAGUGCUAGCCUCUCUGCUGAAAGUCACCUGGUGACCUGUGCAAAUCCUGCCAAGGUUUCCUGCAAGAAACAGUUGGAGUGUCUGGCGCAGCUCUAUUCAUCUUGUAUAGCAGAAAACUUGGUACCAAAUAUUUUUCUGGAGCUCUUUUUUGUUCUGCAAUUGUUAACGUCUAAAGGCACUUCUGCAGAAGAUGGGGAGAGCGACCUUGAAGUCAAUGAAAGAAGUGAAGAUGCCUCAAGGAAACAGCAUUUCCGAAAUGUGCACAACUGUGUUUAUUUUGCUGUUCAAGUGUUGGAUUACCAGUAUGAAAUUAUUUCCCAUUUAGAAAAGGGGACGCUGAAGCUCUUGGCAGAAAAUGAACGGAUUGCAUCUUUUUCUCCCACCUUGCACGAGAGGCUCAGGCAGGCUUAUGAAAGCAGCACAGCCAAGGUGUCUCUCCUGCUGCCAGGCUCUGUACAAUCUGUUUCUUUCCAGCCAGAAACUGACAAUCGCUCUAACUUUCCCAGUGACAGAGCAUUUCAUAUAUUUAAGAAACAAAGGGAUAUCUUUUAUGAACUGCUGCGUGAAUGGGAGGAUAACCAUGAAAAAACUGGCUGGGACUUUGAAAGAGUUCUGGGCAAUAAGAUCAGGGCCAUGAUGGCUCACUUAUCUGCAACCUGCAACCACAGCCACUUUGCCAGGCUCUUUCAGAAACAGCUCAUCCAGAUGUGUAAAGGUCCUAUUGGCGGUGGCACGAGCUGGGGAGACACCCCAGACCAGGAUGUUCUUAACAUGCUGGGUUCUGAUAACCUGAGCCGGCUGAAGAGACUGCAGGAAAGAUUUGUCGUUCCUCAGAGCAUCAGAGGACCUUGCCCACCUCCUUCGUUCACAGGAUGUCAGCAAUUCUUCAGGGACUUCAUCCUCAGCGCAGGCAGUUACCAGUUCAAUCAGCACCUGGUGGAUAGCCUGUGCCUGAAGAUACUUGAACUAGAUGGCCUUACUCUGAUAGAGCAUGAGCACAGUGAUGGGGAAGCAGAUAUGGAUGAACAGGAUGAAAAGAAGCGUUUCAGUAUGGUGCUAUUAAGCCUUCGACUCCUUGCCAAAUUCCUGGGGUUUCUUGUUUUCUUGCCAUAUCGCACCAUGGAACAGCCAACUAGAGACCUGCUAGAGUCUGCAGUAGCUUUAAGAAACAGAACCCGGCCAGUACUGGAUGUAUUGAAGCUUCUGAGACAAUCUAUUCGGGACCGACGUGCUAUCCUCACCAUUCCUUGGAUUGUGGAGUUCCUUUCCCUUGUGGAUCACAUAGCUCCUUUUCUUGAUUACUACAGGAAGGUAUUUUGUCUCUUGCUGCAGGUAUACAGGUUAAUGGUCCUUUCUGAAGAUAAGGAGAUGAGUUUCCUGAACAAGCUGCUGAUUCUUGCAGUUUUGGGUUGGCUUUUUCAGGUGCCAUCAGUCCCUGAAGAGUUAUUCUUUACCACUGAUGUCAGGCAGGAGGGAUUGAUGAUGGAUACUGUAACAUCCACUCGGGCUUUGGACUCUGUACCCUUGGUGGAUCAGCAGUUACUUUAUACCUGCUGUCCCUAUCUUGGUGAGCUGCGGAAAUUACUUGCUUCUUUUGUGGCUGGCAGUGGAGCAAAGAAUGGUGGCUUUAUAAGGAAAAUCACUCCGACAGCUGCAGAGUCCUUGGCACCCAAACCUUCUGUCACACGAAGAAAAUUGCAGGCAGAGUUGGAACAGGCCUUCUUCCACAACCAGCCCCCCUCCUUGCGGAGAACAGUUGAAUUUGUGGCGGAGAGGGUGGGAUCCAACUGCGUUAAGCACAUCAAAGCAACGCUGGUAGCUGAGUUGGUUCAAAGGGCUGAAGUCAUGUUGCAGGAUAAAGUGAAGGAGGAGGAUGCUAAUCAUGACAAGCUGCUGGAAGAGGUGUGCGCUCUUCUGUAUGAGGAAGGGGCCCAGGCACUCAUCAGAGGCAGAGAGUUUUGCAAAAAGAAAGGUCCUGAGGCAGUAAGAGUGUUAUUGCCAGAAGAGACAUCUGCAGCAGUUUUGAAUAGUGCAGAAGAUAUUGCAGUGGAACUGGCUACUGAGAAGGCCUGUGGCUGGCUUUCCGCCAACAUUGCAGCGCUGAUCAAAAGAGAAGUGAAGGCAACCUUCAACAGAAUGCUGAAAGUGCCAGGACUUCCCUUGCCCGGAGAGGAGGCUCUGGAGUUGAGAAGGGACUGUCCCCCAGGCUGUCAACAUCAUGCUCCAUUUCCCUCCCAAAUCAUCAAUGAGAUAAAGGAUGUACUCUGCAUUGCUGUGGGCCCACGGGAUGAAGGUGAAGUGAUUGACUAUGUCUGGCUGGAGUGCUUGCUUGGAAGACUGAGUCAGACGCUUCGGUGCAGAAAGUUCAUGUGUCCCACAUCAGAACAGCAGCUGGCAAAGUGCACGGUCGAGUUGGCUUCUUUGCUGGUUUCAGAUCGCGUUCCUCUGUGUCUGGGGCUCAAGUCCCCAGAGAAGAGCUCUGAGAGGCUACGAGUAAAGAAUAAUCCUACGUAUGGCCUUCUGAAACAGCUGCUUUCUGUCUGGAAGGAAGACUCUGUUGCAGAAGUCAAACAGCGAGAGUGGGAUUUGUUCCUUUUCAUGCUUCGUGGUCUUGUAGAACACGAUCUAAUGGGAAGUAGUGAAAUAGAGAGUUGCUUGCAUAGCCUCGAAGAGCUCCCUUGGCCCUCAGAUUUCUUAAAAGAACUGGAAAUACUGUCUAGAGUAUUUGUAUCAGAACAUCAUCUGGAAGAGCCCAGGACUAACCCAUGUGAACUGGCAAGACAAUCUCUAGGUACUGUGACAGCACAAAGCUAGUGGAGAUGGACUCAUUCAUAACUAAUGAAAAUGCAAAUGGAAUUUUAGUAUUGCUGAAGGCAUUGUGGGCUCCUUGUUGGGAGAGUAGCACAUAUGAGAGGUCACUGUGCAAAUACUGCACUGGUCUUUCUAUUGAUGGAUGUGUUGCAGUGGUGACUAUUCUGAAGGAUUUACAUCUGCAAAUGGAGCUCUCCAAGUCAAAAGGCGUUUAAGCACCUUGAUCAUGGCUCGCAGUGGCUGAUUUUUAGACUCAAAUUCCUUUCAUAUCUGUACAGAAACAAGCUGUGACGAGACCCAGGAAUCAAUUCAUUCAGGUGGAUAAAAGUUACUUUGAUCAAGACAGAUGGCUUCCUCGUGGCUGUCAUUAGUUAAAUGUGACUUGUCAUGCUGUCUUUUAACAAAAACUGUACUGUCAGGGGAAGGAAGAGGUGAAUUUGUAUGACAUGGAGAUGAACCUAUAUUUAUUUUUCACUGUAAGCUCAAUUUUGAAGGUUUGAUUUUAAUUUUCUAAGACUCAUAUUUUAAAAGUGAAACCAUAUUAAAUAUGUACACCAGAACAUUGAUGGUAUUAUUCUUAAAGGGUUUAUGAUGUGUUGUUUUUUUUUUUUCUCUCCACUUCUUGAUGGAAGCAUAACUUGUAAUUUCCUGGGGUUUUUAAUGGAAAUAAGGGAGAAAUAUCUGUUUAUAUUUUUUACUGAAUACAGAUUGACAGUAUUUUUAAGAAAUGUUUUUAUAGUAUGUGAGCAUAAAUGGCAUGUAGCCAUUCACUGUUUUUUAUAAUCCUUCUUGCCUUGAGUUUUGAUUUUUUCAGACAGGAAAUGCUGCAGCAAGAGAAACUACAGAUUGGAAGAACAGACAGGAAAAAAAGGUAGUGAAAAAAAGCAUUAAGUGAUGUCCUCCAGAGAGCUGAUUUGUCCUCCUCUUCAUGGAGGACAGUGGGCUUUAUCAUCCUCUCUGGAUAGACCAUCAUCAACGGUGUCACCUUCCUAUUA